AUGGGACAAAAAAUAAAUCCACUUGGUUUCAGACUUGGUGCAACCCAAGGUCAUCAUUCUCUUUGGUUUGCACAACCACAAAAUUAUUCCGAAGGGCUACAAGAAGAUCAAAAAAUCCGAGAUUGGAUCAAGAAUUAUGUACAAAAAAAUAUUCAAAUAUCCUCUGGUGUUGAGGGAAUUGCAUGCAUAAAGAUUCAAAAAAGAAUCGAUUUGAUUCAGGUCAUAAUCUAUAUGGGAUUCCCAAAAUUAUUACUAGAAGGUAAAGGUGGGCCUCGAAGAAUCGAAGAAUUGCAGAUAGAUGUACAAAAAGAAAUUAAUUGUGUAAACCGAAAACUGAACAUUGCUCUUACAAGAAUUACAAACCCUUAUGGACACCCUAAUAUUCUCGCCGAAUUUAUAGCCGGACAAUUAAAGAAUAGGGUUUCAUUUCGAAAAGCAAUGAAAAAGGCUAUUGAAUUAACUGAACAAGCAGGUACAAAAGGAAUUCAAGUACAAAUUGCAGGACGUAUCGACGGAAAAGAGAUUGCGCGUGUCGAAUGGAUCAGAGAGGGCAGAGUUCCUCUACAAACCAUUCGAGCUAAAAUUGAUUAUUGUUCCUAUGCAGUUGGAACUAUCUAUGGGGUAUUAGGCAUCAAAAUUUGGAUAUUUGUAGACGAGGAAGCCUAA